AUGGCUCAGAAAGGAGGGGACACCAGAAUCUCCUUGGAAGCAUUUUAUUGCUCCUCACACUGCUGCCACCCAGGUGCUGAGGGCCAGUUCAGCACCCCUGAUGUCGUGGUUAACCGAGGAGCAGAUGGCUACAGGGCGGGGUGGCAGAAGCACACCAAGAACUCUGCGACCAAUCAGAGCGGGUGGUUCAAGCCCCUCGCCCAGAGUGUGGUGCUUGCAGGGAGAAUUCUUCAGAUAGUGGUGUUAGUGUGGAGAGAGAAGCUCACCACUGCUCACUGUGCAGGAAGAGUUUUAGUAUCUCAGAAAGUUAUCUCCAGAAAACACCAGAUCGUUCAUGCAGAAGAGAAGCUGUUUCAUUGCUUACAGUGUGGGAAGAGUUUUAGUCUAAACGGUUAUCUCAGAAAACAUCAGCGUCUUCACACAGAAGAGAAGCCGCAUCACUGCUCACAAUGUGGGAAGAGUUUCCUUCAAGAGAAUAAGCUUAAGAGACACCAGCUUGUUCACACAGAAGUGAAGCCUUAUCGCUGUUCGGAGUGUGGGAAGAGUUUUGCUGAGAAGCAUAAGUGCGACGCACACCAGCGUAUUCACUCAGGCAAGAACUUGUAUUACUGCUUAGAGUGUGGUAAAAGCUUUAAUUACCAAGCUAAUCUCCAGCGACACCAGCGUAUUCACUCAGGAGAGAAACUGUAUCAGUGCUAUGAAUGUGGGAUGAGUUUUACACAAAGCAAUCAACAUCAAUACGUUCACACUGGGGAGAAGCCAUUUCACUGUUCCCAAUGUGGGUAACAUUUUACUCGAGCGAAGGCUCUCCAAGUCCACUGGCGCAUUCACACGGGAGAAAAGUCACAUCAGUGCUCAGAGUGUGGAAAAGCUUUUACCGACAGCAGCCAUCUCAUAAAACAUAAGUGUACUCACACGGGAGAGAAACUGCAGAAGUGUUUAAAGGGUGGAAAAUGUUUCAGUGAGAGCAAUCACUUAGCAAGACACCAGAGUAUUCACACCGGUAUAAAACCGUAUAUGGUGGGAGGAGUUUUACACAAAACGGUUCUCUUCAGCUACAUCUCCUCAUUCACACAGGAGAGAAGCCGUAUUGCUGCUCAGAAUGUGGGAGGA